GAGGAGUGGUCGGGGCUGGGGGACUCCAUGCGGGGGCCAUGGACAGAGCGACACUCCUGGCGCUGCCCCGCCUGUGCGCACUGUGGGCAGUCCUGUUUGCGCUGUUCCCCUGCGGAGUUCAAGGAAACUGGAUGUGGUUGGGCAUCGCCUCCUUUGGGGUUCCGGAGAAGCUGGGCUGCGCCAACUUGCCACUGAACAGCCGCCAGAAGGAGCUGUGCAAGAGGAAACCCUACCUGCUGCCCAGCAUCCGCGAGGGCGCCCGGCUGGGCAUUCAGGAGUGCAGGAGCCAGUUCAAACACGAGAGAUGGAACUGCAUGGUCGCCACCGCCAAUGCCGCCGCCGCUGCCCCGCUCGGCACCAGCCCCCUCUUUGGCUACGAAUUGACCAGCGGCACUAAGGAGACAGCAUUUAUUUAUGCUGUGAUGGCGGCAGGCCUGGUGCACUCUGUGACCAGGUCAUGCAGUGCAGGCAACAUGACAGAAUGUUCCUGUGAUACCACCCUGCAGAAUGGUGGCUCAGCAAGUGAAGGCUGGCACUGGGGAGGCUGUUCUGAUGAUGUUCAGUAUGGCAUGUGGUUCAGCAGAAAGUUCCUGGACUUCCCCAUCAGAAACACCACUGGAAAAGAAAGCAAAGUACUGCUAACAAUGAACCUACAUAACAGUGAAGCUGGGAGGCAGGCGGUCGCCAAGUUGAUGUCAGUAGACUGCCGCUGCCAUGGAGUUUCUGGUUCCUGUGCUGUGAAAACAUGCUGGAAAACCAUGUCUUCUUUUGAAAAGAUUGGCCAUUGGUUAAAGGAUAAAUAUGAAAACAGUAUCCAGGUAUCAGACAAAAUAAAGAGGAAAAUGCGCAGGAGAGAAAAAGAUCAGAGGAAAAUACCAAUCCGUAAGGAUGACCUGCUCUAUGUUAAUAAGUCUCCCAACUACUGUGUGGAAGAUAAAAAGCUGGGGAUCCCAGGGACACAAGGCAGAGAAUGCAAUCGUACAUCAGAGGGUGCAGAUGGUUGCAACCUCCUGUGCUGUGGCCGAGGCUACAACACUCAUGUGGUCAGGCACGUGGAGAGGUGUGAGUGCAAAUUCAUCUGGUGCUGUUAUGUCCGCUGCAGAAGGUGUGAGAGCAUGACUGACGUCCACACUUGUAAGUAACUGCUCUCUCCAGCCUCCUGCAAGACUCAGCAACAAACAAUGGGGUUGCAGCCAAAGGGUACCUCUCCUGGUACAGUGCUGGCCAAGGUGACUCCUACA